AUGGAAACUUCUAUAGAUACUAGAUCACUUGUUAAAGAUAACAAAGAUAGAAAAGUAAUUUCUAAGACAUCUGAACUAACAGGUUGCCAAAUUAGUAUUGUCUUAAUUGAAUCGUCACUUUGUAUACAUAAAAAUAGCAGUGGAAAGAUGGAACUACUAACAGAAGACAAAAAAAUUGGAUGGAAAGAAGUCAAGAAUCAACCUACAGAAGCAAGACCUGACAUUGUUCAUAACUGUCUAUUAAUGAUAUUAGAUAGUCCUCUAUGUAAGUCAGGAUAUUUAAGUGAAAUUAUCAUAUUAAAUUACGAUGGGAAGAUAAUUAGUGUAAAUCCCAUAUUUCGUGUACCAAGAUCUUUUAAAAUAUUUGAGAAGGUAUUUGUAAACUUUCUUUCUUCAAAUACAGGUGUACUUACACUACCUGACAACUCACAAAUAACAUUGUUGAAAUUAUUAAACCCACCUCUACAUUCAUAUAUAAAAAAAAGUAAUCUUAUUAUUGGAUUCUCUAGAAGUGCGGAUAUAAGACACUUCCCUCAAUUUGUAGAGGAUGUUGUCACUCCUCUACUUUCUCAACCAUCUCUAUGCAAAAUAUGUUGUGUUGUGGGUGCAAUAUCUAAUGGUAAUCCUGUUGAAAAAUUCCAAAAGGAUGAAAAAUUACUUACUCACUACAUAUCAAUUAGUAAUUAUAGUAUGCCUGCAUCUAUAUGCUGUUCAAGAAUAUGCAGUGAAAUUGAAGAAGCUCUAGGGAUCUUUUAA